UAUAAUGAAAAUAGAUUUAAUAUGGACUAUGAAAUGUACAACUAGUUGUACAUCAUAUAUUAGACUGUACAUCGAAGACCUUUUAUGAGCGCUCACGCCAUUUUUAUUUAUAUGUGGUGGGGGGUAACAAAGUGUGCAACAUUGUAUAUGGGAUUUAUAAUUAUCAAAAAAUUGAUCUUGGAAUGGAACUUGAUUAUGCGAUGUAAUUGUAAUAUAAAUUGUGAUUAUACAUAAGAUAAAAUUAUAUUAUCGCCAAGCAUAUAAAGUUAUUAAUGCAAUUGCUGGACCUUCGUAUUAUUGGUGUUAACUACAGAUUUUUCUACAAUUACAAUUCGGAUAAAAUGGAUUAUCGUCAGAAGAUUGUUAUACCAAACAAUACUCAACAAAAUACAAAAAAUGAUGAUGAAGAUGAUGAAGAUUUAGAAGCAUUGCGACUUGCAGCUCUUCAAUCAUUAAGAACUAAAGACACUGUGCAUAAUAAAAAACAGCCCCCACCACAGAAGAAUAUUUCAGAUAUAAUACAUAUAUCUCAUUCAUCUUAUAAAGGCCAACGACCUUUAAGAAGAGGAUAUUUCCAUAAUCGAAUACAACAACGGCAAAAUGGCAAUUUAUAUUAUCAAAGUCCACGUAAUCCAAAUCUGAUAGCAAUUGUUCCUGUAGAUGAACGUUCUGUGCUACAGCAAAGUGAUUUAACUUGUUCGGUAGAAAAAACUGCUUCAAAUAUAGACUCUUAUUCUGCAGAAGUAUCAAAAUUUCAUCGGUUCAAAGAUAGUGGAAGUGGUUCAGAUGAAGAAGAUAAUAAAGAGCAGAAAACUGUAAUUACAAAAUCAGAAGAUAUUAAAAAAGAUGGGAUAGAUGAUAAAACAUCUAUGAUAAAUGAAAAUCAAACAGAAAUUAUAGAAAACUCGAAAAAAAUUGAAGAAGAUCAAGAAGUUAAUGAUGAUGAUGAUGAUAUCAUUAUAAUGGCUGAUCUUGAAGAAGAAGAUAGUUUAGAACGUUUAAUGGAUGAAAUGGAAAGAGAAAUGAAUGUUGAUAAACCGUCCGAAAGGAAAGAGAAGAAAAGUAAUAAAAGAGAAAAUAGAGAAUCUAUGAAAAAGGAUGAGGUAAAUAAGAAUAUAAACCAGAAAAAUAAAAUAGAUGAUAAUAAUACUCGAAAAGAAAGAUAUAGUCCAGCACCAGCAACAAUCAUUUUAAAAAAUGAAAGACGGUCUAUAUCUCCCCAUACUGUCAAUCGAAUUUCACAAAAACGUAGAUCAUUAUCACCAAGAUCACGAUCAAGAAAAAAAUCACCUAGGAGAUCUCCUAGAAGAUCACCCAUUCGACAGUCAAAAAAAUCUCAGCGAGAAAUAACAAGGUAUAGAUCACCUAGAAAGUCUCCCGUACGUUAUUCUCCACGAUCACGAUCACCCAAGCUUUCGUCACGUUCGAGAUCACCACGAUUAUCACCACGUAGAUCUCCAAAUAAAUCUCCAAUAAGAAGAUCGCCUAUUAAAAGAUUGUCUCCAAGAGGACGUUCUCCAAAACUUUCUCCGCAUUCCAGAUCUCCUAAACUAAUACGAUCACCUAAAACAUCUAUGAUGAAAUCUCCAAGACUGGCAAGAUCACGUUCUCCAAAAUUUUCACCACUUAGAUUAUCUCCUCAAUCUAGGUCACCAUUAAGAUCAAGAUCACCUAAAUUAUCUCCAAGACGAAUAUCACCUAUGCGUAGGUUAUCACCUAAAUUAAAAUCUCCCGGAUUAUCUCCUCGAAGAGGAUUGUCACGUAUAAUGUCACCAAAAAUAUCGCCACGAAGGAUGUCACCACGAUCAAGAUCACCGAAAUUAUCGCCACGUAGAUCACCAUGGUCAUCACCUAGAAAUUCUCCUCGAAUGUCUCCUAGACGAAAAAGAUCUCCCAGAUGGUCACCUAAAGAAUUAUCUCGAAAACAUGGGCCUCGAUCUAUUUCCCCAGAUGGAACAUGUAGUCCAUCAUAUACAAAAAAUUUAUCGCCAAUAAUUAAAAAUAGAAUAUCUCCAGAAACGAAUCGUGUGAAAGCAAAGCAAAAAGAAGAAAAUUUGGAAUCUACUAUAACAGAAAAAGAAAUUGAUGAUAUUAUUAAUGAUCCUGUAUUAGAAGCCAGACGAAGAAAGUUUGAAUCUACAAGGCCUAUAGAUCCAAUAAAUGCAAAUAAAAAAAUUAAAUUAAAUAAAAAAGAAAACAUAAGUAAAAAAAUAGAGUCUUUAGAGGGCGGAGAUAUUCAAUCAAAUAUAAGAAAGAUUAACAAAAUUACAGAGGAUUAUGAUAUUCAAGAAACAGAUUUAUGUUUAGAUACUCAUUAUGAAUUUGAAGAAUUUGAACAAAAUAUGGAAAAUGCUUCUCCUAUCGCUAUAAGUUCCGUUAAUUCAUGUAUAGAUUUAGAAAUUCAAAAUCCAGAAAAAGAAAGAUCAUCAAAAAAAAAGAAAAAACGUGAUAAAGAAUUAUAUCAAGUUGGAAAAUUAAAGAAUGAACUUCCCCUUUCUGAACGUAUUGGGAAGGAUAAAAAGUGUAAAAAACGCAAAGAUAUUAUUUCGGACGGAUCCAGUGAAGAUAUGGACGCUAUUUUCGAAGAUUUAGUAGUUGAUAAAGAAAGUGAUUUACGAACUGAGUUAAGUAGAAGACGCGCAGAAAGAUUAAACAGGACAGUGCCAAUUCAAUCUGCAAGAUUAGUGCAAUCUGCCUUUAAAGGAGUUGUUAAUGAAGUUGUCAAAAGCAAUGCGAAAGUAAAUCAAAGACAUUUAGUUAAGGCAGAUGACAAAACUAAUCAAAAAGAAGUUAGACGAGUUACUGUUCUUCAUAGGUCAAUAUCAGAUAUACAUGAUUCUGAAGAUGAAAGUUCUCUUGAUUCAAAGAUGCCUGUGCGUUUUAGGCUGGGUUUAAAUAAACAAGAUUCCAGAGAGUCAAAAGUUUCACGAAAGGCAUCUAAAAGACAGGGUCGCAAGGAGUAAACUAAACGUGUGUUCUUCUGAUUGCUUAUAUAUAUGAAGAGUGCAUAGCUGUUCAUCUUACCUCCUAUUUUAUUAUCAGCAUAUGAAGAUAAAAUCUAUUAAAACUUUAAUUGUAUUAAAAAUUGCACUCUUGUAGAAGAAAUAUCUGUUUUAUUUGGCGUGUGAUCUAGCAUAAAAAUGAAAAAAACAUUCUUCUAGAAGACAAUAUCAAUAUUUCAAAGUACUUUAUGUAUGAUUGUAUCUAAUUAUUUAUUGUUAAGUGUUAUAGUAGAUAGUUGAUUACAUGUGAUUAUAAAUCAUUUGUUGUGUUAAAGUAUUUGUAAAUAAUUUACAUCAGUCACUCAUUUAAUAAAUAAGUAUCAUUGAUAAUCCCAAAGUCACCUUUUGUAAACCUAAGUAUAUUAGUAUUUUAAAAAAUUCUGUAUAAAGGAAUCGAUUGUAAAUAAGAAUGUUGUUAAUAAGCGUGCAAAAUGAAAAAUAAGUUGUAUAUCAUGUAAAUUGAGUUAUUAAUAAUAUUAAGAUAUUGAAUACAUCAUAUAAACUUCUAUAGCAAUAGAAAAA